AUGGUACCCGGGCUGCUUUUCGACUGGUUGUGCGCGGUUGGGAAGAGCAUGCGGCCAGCGACAGGCUGGAUGCCGUUUGGCGGCAUUCAGCUCGUCGUCACCGGUGAUUUCUUCCAGCUACCGCCCGUCAGUCGCGCGCGAAUGGACCCGGUAUUCGCCUUCGAGACGAAAGCCUGGCAGGAAACCUUCUCGCGCGUCAUUCAGCUGACCCAGGUGUAUCGCCAAACCGACCCCAGUGUGUGA